AUCAUUGUGAGCGUAAUUUCAACGUCACUAUCACAGUUGGCCAUUUUGCGAAGAACCCUUGUUUUGUGCGUCUCUGGUUUUAGACUAAAUAUUGCGGUGUAUAUCGAGGAAACUUUUCGUCUUUUAUCCCUUUUUUAACAGUUCUUUCUGCAUCUCAUUUUUUGGAGUCAAAUCCAAUGCUUUGUUGCUAGAUGAACUGUCCUUGCAUCAUAAUCACUUGAUCAGACAAUGGAUUCUGCUUUGAACGCCUGGUCAUGGAGGAGGUAUGUCUCACUGUUUUUUCUUCUAUCAGCGGUUUUUCAUUUGGCUCUGGCUGUUAAUCAUUAUUCUGUUCCAGAGGAGAUGGAAGUAGGAUCUGUCGUGGCAAAUUUAGCCACUGAUUUGGGGCUUGACCUGCAGACUUUGAUUAAACGAAACGUCCGUUUAGAUGUGAUCGCUAAUAAGAAAUACCUCGCCAUAAACAAAGAAAAAGGUGAGCUGUACAUACAAGAGAAGAUUGAUCGUGAAUAUCUGUGUCCUGCAAAAACUACUUGUUUUUUAAAAAUGGAAGUUAUUGUCGAGAACCCCGUGCGAAUAUUUUACAUAGAGCUAGAAAUCACUGACAUAAAUGAUAAUAACCCUAAUUUUAGACGAGACACAAUCAAUUUAGAUAUCACUGAAUCUACGCCAGCAGGUGAGCGAUUUUCUGUCAGUAAUGCGGUGGAUUCUGAUGUCGGUUCCAACUCGGUUAAAACCUAUUAUCUAAGCAAAAAUGAGCACUUUGACAUUGAAAUUCAGUCGGGGAGGGACGGUUCCAAAUUUGCGGAUUUAAUUCUAAAAAAGGCUCUAGAUCGUGAAACCCAAGCUGUUCAUAAUCUGGUACUGACCGCAGUGGAUGGCGGAGUCCCUCCGCGUUCAGGCACGGCCAGUAUCAUCGUUCGGGUGUUGGAUGCAAAUGACAACGCCCCUAAAUUUGAGGAGAGCUACAUCAUCAAUUUAACUGAAAACUCACCCAUAGGGAGCCUGGUCGUUAAAUUAAACGCAACAGAUCUAGAUGAGGGUUCUAAUGCCGACCUUGUGUAUUCAUUUAGUCUCUAUACAUCUGAGAAGACACAGAAAGCAUUCAGUUUAAAUCCUGAGAGUGGUGAAAUUCGAGUGAAAGAGAUGGUUAAUUAUGAAGACUUUCGAAUUUACGAUAUGGAAGUUAUAGCAUCAGAUAAAGGAACUCAUCCAUUAUCCGGCCAAUGUAAAUUAUCUAUUAUAAUUACAGACAUGAAUGACAAUCACCCUGAAAUUUCGAUUAGGUCAUUUCAGAGUCCAGUUAAAGAAGAUGUUCCUGUAAAUACAGUAAUUGCAGUUGUUAGUGUGAGUGAUAAAGACUCUGGAGAAAAUGGACAGGUAGAUAUUCAUAUUUCUGAUGAUUUACCUUUUGCGCUUAAAGAAUCAUCUGAUAAUUAUUAUGAAUUAUUCAUUUCAGAACCGUUAGACCGUGAAAAGGUUGCAGAAUAUGACAUCACUAUUACCGUUACUGACAGGGGCAACCCGCCGUUAUCUGAUAAUGAAACUAUAACUUUAGAGCUACUGGACGUUAAUGACAAUGUUCCUCAGUUCCCGCAGACAUUCUACACGAUACCUGUUAUGGAGAAUAACGCGCCUGGAGCUUCACUGAGCUCUUUAACUGCUGUAGACCCAGAUCUCCAUGAAAAUCAGUAUCUAGUUUAUUUUAUAAUAGAGAAGGAAAUAGUGAACACCUCCAUGUCCAUGCUGUUCUCCAUUAACCCAGAGAACGGCAAUCUUUACGCGCUAAAGACCUUUGACUAUGAGAUGGAGAAGGAGUUUCUUUUCCACAUCGAGGCCAGAGACUCUGGUGUUCCUCCACUCAGCAGUAACGUGACCGUUCACAUUAUUAUCAUGGAUCAGAACGACAACACACCGCUUAUAGUGUCUCCAUGGCGCGCGCACGGCUCGGAGGUGAAGGAAAAGAUCCCGAGAUCCACAGAUAAAGGAACUCUGAUAGCCAAAGUCAUCGCCAUAGACUCUGACUCAGUGCACAACUCUCGAAUCACGUACCAGUUCCUCCAGAACACCGACGCCACGUUAUUCAGCUUGGAUCAAUACAACGGAGAGAUCCGGACCAUGAGAAUGUUCAGUUACAGAGACUCGCGAGACCAGCGGCUGGUGGUGAUCGCCAAAGACAACGGAGAGCCCGCGCUCUCUGCUACAGUCACCAUCAAACUGUCCACGGUGGAGACCGCCCUCAAAACCUAUACUGAGGUGCCUUUGGAAUAUGACAUCUUCUCAGAUCUAAACCUGUAUCUGGUGAUCGGCCUGGGCUCUGUCUCAUUUCUUUUACUCAUCACUAUACUGGUGACCAUCGUGCUGAAGUGUCAGAAAGCGAAGCCCAGCAAAGCGGCUCCUCCGUGCAGGAACAGUGUGAUCAGCGAGAGGAACUCGACCAUCGCGGAUUCCACUCUGGUCUCCAACGAUGCCUACUGGUACAGUUUAUUUCUAGCAGAGACGAGGAAAGGAAAGCUGGUGGUCAGACAGCCUGCGCCAAAGGGAGCGAGAUACAUCGUGUCCAGUUUACCGAGGAGCACAGGAGUGACCGAGACCAGUGACUCAGCCGCUUCUACUCUACAGGUAAGACAAUCCACGUGAAUAAUCAAAGAGAUAUUUACAUA